AUGAAUAGUAAAAUCCGUAGGAAUUUUUCCUUUUAUUCCAUUGAUUCAAAUAAUGAUGGAAAGACUUUUUACAGAUCAUUUAGAUUUGUUUGUUUAGGUGUAUGUAUUAUAGGAACUUUAUAUCUAUCAUUAAAUAAUUCAUAUGAAUAUAAUACUUCUGAAGCAAUACAUUUUAAUAAUGUAAAUUCAAGAACAUUAGCUGAGGUAAGCGUUUUAAAUGCGCCAUCAUUAGGAAAUGAAAAUUUUAAAAAUGGUCAUAAAACAAAUAUUCAGAAUACUAGAAGUUGCUGUCAAAAUGAUGAUAACACAAAUAAUGAGGAAAAUGAAAAUAAUGAAUCAGAAAAUAGCACAAAUGAUAUUGAUAAUAGACGACAAUUAAAAAAACAAAAAUUACAGGAUAAAAUAGAUGCUUUAACAUCAAUUCCAUCAAGUGAACGUCUUAUGAAAUUAUGGAAACAAACAAUAGAUGUAUGUACAGAAGGAUUACAAUCCGUUAGAAAUGAAUUAUCCGAAUAUAAAGAAAAAUAUGGAGAAGGCUAUGAAGAUAUCAGAAGGAAUGGAACUAAAACAGACAGAACAGAUUAUCAUAAGGAAUUUGAUCAAAGAUUAUCCAUUCAUCAAGAUUAUUAUACGAGUAAAUUUAAUGAUUUAAUUCAAAAAGAACUAACAGUUGAUGAACUAAGAACCUUUAUCCUUAUAUUUAUAGGAUUUUUCCAUAAUUUGAUUGAUUAUCUUUUUCAUAGAUAUAAAAUUAAAUAUAUGCAAGUAGGUAUGUCUAUACCAACAGAAGGAACAAUUAAUGAAACACCAGCAGAAAGACGAAGACGUCAAAUAGAAGAAAAACGUGAAGACAAACUUAAACAAAAGGUUGAAGAGUAUCCUGGAGAAAACGUUCAAGAGAAUCCUGAAGAAAAUUUUAAUGAAACAAAAAAGAAAAAACACAAAAGAAGAAAACACAAAAAAAGAAAAAACAAAAAAAGAAAAAACAAAAAAGAAGAUGUUGAAGAAUAUUUUGAAGAGAACCACAAAGAAAACGCUGACGAAAACCCUGAAGAAAACAUCGAAGAAAACCAAGAAUAA